AUGAGCGGAAGAGAUUUUCAUUUUUAUAGAAGGAGAGAUAAAUAUCCUAGACAAGACUCUUUUGUUGAGCAAUAAUCAACUCCUAAUUUUGUUGAAGAUGGUUCUUUUGUGGGAACCAUAGAAAGAAAAAUUCAACAUUAAAAUCAAACAAUAAAUAAUCUAAUUAAAGCAUUUGAAGAUUCAAGAUUUGAAUAAUAAAGAUAGAUCUAAUAUUUAGAAAGAUUAAAGCAAGCCGAAGAACAAAAAUACAGUAUCUAAAUUUUAGAAGAACUCAAAACUUUGAAAUAGAAGAUCAAAAAGAUUGAACAAAGUCCACCAGUUCUGUAAUCUACCCCUUAAAUGUAUUAAUAACCCUUUUUCCCUCCCUUGCCAGGAUAAUUUUAAUAGGGAUUUCCACCAUAAUAAUAUAAUUAUGCUUAGGUUCCAUAUUCAUAGAAUCCAUUUCAUUAACAGAGUUAACCCAUUCAACCUUAAUAAUAUUUAAAUCAUCAACAAUAACUUAAGCCAAAAAGACCAAAAGAAAUGGACACUUUGCAUAAGUUUCUGUUGAAAAUGUUACAUGAGAAAGAACAGCAAAAGAAUAAGGAUAAUAAGCCCAAAGAUAAUUCAGAUAUUCGUUAUGUGACCGAUAUUGAGUCCUCCUAAAAUUACUCCUCUAAUAGACAGAAUCAAUAAACACCUUUAUUAAAAUCAAGAUCAUAGAGAAGAUCUUAAAAACUAAAACAAAAUGGUAUUCGAAAAGGCCAUUCAGAAAAUUCUUAAUAUAUAAUUCGAAAAUAAUCCUAAUUAUCAUAACAAUAAUCAUUAGGAGUAGGUUCGUAAAAGCCGUCUUCAAAAAAGUUAGUAUUAACUCAGCUAAGAUUGAAAUAACUCAUGAGAAAAUUUAAAGGAGCAGUUAGAUAUUUUUGGAUAGCUUUGACUUAUUUAAAAUUUUGUAAAAAGAUUUGGAAUUAAAAGUUGGUCUCCUUUAAGCAAUAUUCUCAGGAUCAGAUAGGAUCUUAUGAUCCAUAGUUUAACUACCUGUCAGUCAUUUCAUAGUUUUAUAGAGAAUGCACACUCAAGAAACAAUUGGAUAAAUCAUGGGUCUUUACUUAAACCAUAGAUAUUCAGGCAAGAUGUCAGACUAUGCUCAACGCAUUGGAGAUAUUUUUUAGAUACUUGAUAGUUUAACCUCUGGACUUUACUAAGGAACACAUUGAAUUCAUGAGAAAAUUUUCACUUCCAAAAGGAUAUCUGUUAAUUGGACACAGUAAAUAUGUUACUAGCAGAAUGAAUUUAAGACCAAAUAAUACUUUAAAUAUUGAAACACCUGAGCAAUCAUAGAUGUUACUGAUGGAAUACUCUUUCAUUUAAAUUUUAUUACCUUAAAUAGUUGAAGCUGAUUUUUGGAAAAAGUUGGUAAAUUACAAGGAAGCGUUAAAAGUGUUUGUCUCCGUACUCCAUUAUUUAUUUAUUGAUAGAUUUUACAACUUACCGCUUAGUAAAUAACAACUACCUUUUAAUAAAGAUUACGUUCCUAUCUUCGACUUUUCAAGAAAUCCAGUUGAAGGAUUCUACUAAUUAAUUGAUUCAAAUAAUCCUUAAUAUGUUGAAUCUAAAGAAGAAGUGAUUUUAGGAUUGUACUCUAAGGCUUAAUUGCACCCUUUAAUUUUGCAUGUAGGAUUUAAGAAGGUCUAAGAAAAUUUUAAAUAAUAUUGUGAUUUAAUUUAUUCUUUAAUAAAAUGA